GCCAGUCCACGCUUCGGGAUGUCUCAUUUUCAAAUUUUUUUAAAAAAAAGUCGCGUUUCAAGCUGCGGUGCACGCCUUUGAAAGAGUUUUUCAAGAAGGAAACCAGUGACUUCUACCACAUCAUCUGGCUGCUGUUAGAAUCUGAAUUGAGAAGUCUCAAAUCUUUGUUCUGCUGGCAGAUUUAAUCACCAAUUAAAGAGACAACAAUGACUUUGGACAAAUUGGUUAUCAAGUGUGGAAACUUUGCAGUCUUGGUAGAUUUCCAUAUUGCAUCUCAGGACCGUAUGUGGUUUUCUGAUCAUCAGAGAGAGGAAGUCUGUCUUCUGCUGAAGGAUGCAGUUGAAUCAAGAGUAAACCAAUACUUGAAAGCACGUAAAUUACAUGGUCGGUGCAAGCAAACAGAACAUGGAGAAUCUAAUUCUUUGUCUUUAAGAGCGGACGAGUUUCACAUUUCAGCUUACUUUGUCAAAAGAUGGGCUAAUCUGCGAUGUAUUGGACAACGGCAUGGUGAAUUGCGUGUAUUUCCGGAUCGUUUUGUGAUUUAUGUCUCAAGAUUUGAACCUAAUCCAUCUUCCUGGGUCAAAGAAAGUGUGGCAUUGGAGGAGAACCUAUUCACCAAGGUGUCUGAAUAUUUUCAAGGUUCAGCUGAAGAUAGAAAAUGCCAGAUUUCCCUGACUCAACAGGAAAAACAAGACAAUCUAAAAAAGUUAAUGAAGAGGGCGACACAUGCUAACAAGAAGAAACCUCAGCCCAGGAUGGCCACCACGAAAGUAUAUCUUGGCUCACCAGAUUCAGACACGGAGUAGGAAGAAUGCAUUUCAACCAGUUUGAUGCUCCAGCCUGAACUGAAAAUGUAGGCGUAAAGCACAAUCAAAAGAUUGCAUAAAUACAGCUGAGAGCAGCUUGGGACUUCCUGUUUCAGAAUGGGCAAUGAUGCGGACUGGAGACAGCCAAGCAACGCUAACAGCCAGCAAAAACUUCAUUUGUGGAGUGGUUAGACAUGACUUCUCUGCAGGAACCCUCAGCGGUGCUAUGAGUCAGCACUGCCACAUCCAAACCGAAGUCAAAGGGUGACUGAAAGAACUGAAAUAGCGCGCUGAGCAGGCAGGAGCAGGAGGAAGAAAAAUGUCCCCAAGGCCAGGAUCACCCGGUUCCCAGAUGCAAGAGUCCUAAUGGUGUUUCAGAACCCUGUUCUGGAGAAGCCCCCACUAAAUCCCACAUCGUGAUCCAAAUGAGGCUUGGCAGGAUUCACGUCUGAUGGAGAAUUGCUGACUUAAAGAAAAAACUUCCCCCAAGACUGGUUUUACAAGAAGUGCUACAACGUCGUGCAGACAGACCCAAUCAAACCACAGUCACCAAAUAGUCCUUAAUGUUUCACUCCUCUGCCAGGUCAGAAGAGAAAGAGUUGAGAGAGAGGGAGAGAUCUAAAAACAGGGUGAAAGAAAAAAGGUAAAACCUAAAAGAUAAGGCAAGAAACACACUGCCUUCCUCUACCUUAUCCCUUUUACAUGUGUCAUAUGUAACAACUAGACUUUGCUCAAGAUUUAAAAACAAUUCCUGAACCAAUUAAGUAGUCUGAAUUUUUUAGGGACACUGAAAUAAACAGAAUUCAGGACGCAUGUCACUCAAGGAUAGCUCCAUAGCUUGAAUCAUAGGAAACCAUUCUUAGUUCUCUUUCCUUGGCCUAUAAGUGGACUGACUUGAAGUUUCUCCAUCAGAAUGAUAGAAAUCUGUUUUAUGGUCCUUUGUCUGCUUAGCUCUUCAUAGUCCUGUUUUUAUUUAAUAGUAUAAUGGGAAAUAAAUAUUUUCCUUCUGUGAAAUGUGUUUUUGCACAUUUUUUUUUUUUUUUGGCUUCUUGUCUGAUAAAUCACUUUUUAAAAAUUAUUUUGAAGAAAUGGUGGCAUAUGCUUAAGUGAACAGAUUUUCACAAGGCACAUAUUGGAAGGAGAGCCUGUGAGUCAAAGAUUAAAGAAUCAAACCAUUUCUGCCUCAAAUCAACAUAAAUGGCCUUUUUCUAACUAUGGUCCAUUUGAGGUUAUCAGCUUUGCUGAUCCAUUGCCUCAUUUUUCCUGUUGCAAGAAAUGUUGAUGAGGAAAUUAAACUGCAUCAGGAUUGCUUAAAGCAGGCUUAGCACCUUAAUAGUUACAGAGCUCAUUGUCUAGGAUAAUUGAUCCCAGGAAUAAUAUCCUUUCUUACAAAGCCAGGAUAUAAUGGUAUGCAUAACAUCCUUGUAUGCAUAAUAUUGUAUGUAUAAUUGUUUGUAUGUACACAUUUCUUUUUACUCUUCCUUAAAGAAGUGUGGGAGAACGUUAUUUCCCGAUAUAAUGUCCCAACAGCCCUGUACAGUAGGCAUGAAAGAAAGAAAACAAAUGCCCCAAGAUUAAUGAAUUUUAGGGGUAGUGGAAUUUCUGAUCUAGAAAUUCACUGUCCUCUUUGGUGAGGCAAACAUAACAUCAUCCUAUGAAUGUCAAAACGAUACUUUAAAAAAAAUCAUAAUUGUUUCAAUGCAAUGAUUUAAUGCUUUUUAAGUUCUAGUAUAAACUGUUACAAAUCCAAUCCAAUGACAUUGAAGAUCUUGUUUUCUUUGCAUUUGAAUUAAAACAGUAUUGAUACUAUUUAAAAAGUAAAUAAACUUUACUGUAGGUCCCUCCCACCCAUUUUAAAAUUCCUUUUGUCCCAUUAAGAGAUUCUCCGCAGUUGUCAAGAUUCAUUGACUGGUUUUAUUUUAUGUGCCUUAGCAUGUUUGAGCAAGCAAAACUGAAAUGCUUCAGUAUUCAUUUCUUAAGUAGUUUAAACCCUUUCCAUUUAUACCUGGGAGAGUGAACAGAACUUAGAAAAGCACUUCCUUCUAGAAUGAAAAUAUCUGAUCUCUCUUUCAUGUACAUUACUAACCUAAAUAUAUUAUCAAGGAUACAGUUCAAUCUACUUUCUGGCAGAUGUUUCACCUUCAUUGAUCAGACUGAAAGACAUGUGCAUUAUAAAGUUUAAGAAAGUAACGAAUCAACAAAACAAAUGAUUGUAUUUAAAAUAUAUUGGUACACGUUGAUAAGCUGUUUUGAGAGCUAAAUCGCCUGAAACAAUUAGAAAUUCAGAAACAUAGCACUCAGCCAUUGGUGAGUUUCGGAUCCCGUUGCAACCGGUACAGUGCAAUGGGGCCCAGCGUCCACCACAUGAACGUGCGCA